GAGAAAUUGAUCGCAACUGGUCGGGAAUCGAUCUACGCCGAUAGUCGUGGAGAUCAUGGGUGCUCGUUUCCGAAGCAAGUCGACUGGACGCGUUUCGCGAGCCGUCUGAGCAUCGUGUCUAACGUUUGCACGCGGGUGCUGCUACUGCUGCUGCUGCUGCUGUUGCUACUGGCUGCGAUUUGUGGUGCACCGACCAGACGCGUACGUGUGUGCCGUGUACACAGAAGAUGUACGACAACGCAUAGACCGUUACCGUGAUCCGCUGUCCCGCGCGGUUCUUCGCUGUCGGCUGCUUCCGAGCGGCCUGGUACACGGGGUGUUUGUGGCGAAAAGAGUUAAGGGACAGAGGCAGACAGAGAGACAGACAGUGAGGAACAGGAGCAGAGGGAAGACACGGCGCGUUCGGGGCGAGGGAACGGAAGAAGAGAGAAAGAGGGAGCCUGGAGAGAGUAAUGAUCGUGACGACGGUCGUGCGGACAAAUGAACACCUCGGCACAGCGUUUGGGAUAUUCCAAAGAUGUGAGGAAUGAUCACGUGGGUGAUGGUCGGGCUGCUCCUGGCUGCGGAAACUUGCGGCAGAAAUGUCCUCUCCGGAAACGGAAACGGAAAGGAGGAGACGAAGCAGAAGGACGGACUGAAGGGAGUCACGGCGGAGGAGGAAGACAUCUACCGUCUAACGUGCUACACUUGCGUCAACGUCAGCGAUAACCAGAUGUGCAACGAAUGGGCGAUAGACACACCGUGUCCGGCGGCCGACCGAGACUUCUGCAGAUCGCUGCACAUUUUGGACAGCCGUGGAAAUAGCGUCUUGGUGAGCAAGAGCUGUGCGAGCAGCGCGAAAUGCGGUCCUGCCUCGGUCGGUUGCAUCCCAAUGGACACGCAGCAGAUCUGCAUCAGCUGCUGCGACCUGAGCUACUGCAACAUCGAGUCGCCGACGAACGCGACCAACGCCAUUUUCUCGCGCAAACGGCGCGCCAAAUCGAAGUCGAAGCGCAAACGACCCGGUAGAAACGGGGUCGAGGGCAGCCGAAUCUACGGGGGCGGUACUCUCUGGCUCCUGGCCUCACUCUUCUAUGCAUAUCAUUGCUGAGGAAGCAGCAACGCGGAAGAAUUCUAGUUAGAAGAAACCAGCCGUGCACCAGGCAGCGAGGGAACGAUCCUCCGAUGAGUUACGGAUUCGAGGAUACGACUUUUCUCCAAAUCCUCCAUUUCUUAUCCAACCAACCGAC